AUGAGCCAAUCUUGCAACACAAUUCAUUGUCAGGGGAGAGUGUGUAAUCAGUGUUAAACCAACAAUCUUUUAUUAUCUUGAUUGUUAAUUUUGCUGGUUCCAGGUGCUCCAUGCACCUUUACAUUAAUUUACAUGGUUUUAUAAAUAUCAGUGUUUAGCAGUUGCAAGGUUUCUACCAUAUGCUGGUAUUAAAAUUUUAUUAAGUUUCUUUCAUGCCGUAUUCUUUUUUGAAACGGUCAAAAUGUUGAAUGAAUUAGCAAUAUAUAUGCAUGCAAUUUGCAAUAUUGGCAGGCAGUUCUUCUAUUUAGAGUCACUUUAACUUGUCAGUCAUUUAAAGUUCUGAUAUAAAUUUAGUUGACGGUCGCUGGUCAUCCUGGGGGUUAUGGGGGAGGUGCAGCCUAACUUGUGGUGGUGGAUCUCAGAGCCGAGUACGCAGAUGUACAAAUCCUAGCCCAAGCAAUGGUGGAGCUGGGUGCUAUGGACGAAGUCGUAUGAGCCGAUCUUGCGACACAAAUCAUUGUCCAGGUGAGAGUCUGUAAUCAGCGUUAAACCAACAAUCUUUUAUUAUUUUGAGUAUUAAUUUUGCUGGUUCCAGGUGCUCCAUGGGAGCAUGGGAGAGCUGCAAUGUAACUUAUGGGGGUGGAUUGUAAAGACGAGUUUUAAAGUUUUAAAGUUGUUUCUUGACGGCUUUUUCUUGAAACAUUGUUAGUCAGUGGUGGUUGGAAUGAGUGGAGUCCCUGGAGUAUCUGCACUAAAACAGUCAGUGGCAUACAGAUAAGGUUUAGAGAAUGUUCAAAUCCAGAACCAGCUUAUGGUGGGAAACAUUGUAAUGGGAGCAGAGCACUUGUAAGGGAAUGUAACAAAAUGUCCAGCUGCCACGAAGGUAACAUACAGAUGGUAAAAUCAGUGAGUUUGAGUUUUAAAUACAUAGGGCAACAUUAAUUGAAAUACAGACAUCAUAGAUGGUCUGAAGUCUAGUCAUAGUUAAACCCCAUAUUAAAAAGGCCAAGUCCUGUCAAAAGUCUUUGUCGUUUAAUCUACAUCCUACUAAAUUUACCUUGUCCAAAAUCAGCAUUAACAUUGCAGCUUAAAUAACGUUAUUUCCAUUACUAUUAUCACUAUCAUUUUCUCACUCAUUAUUAUCAUGAAGAUCAUCAUUGUCAUUAUUAUUAUCAUACAAUCCCUAUUACUAUUAUUGCAAAUGUUUAUGUUACUUUAGUAUCAUCAUUCAUAUUCUUAUUAUCCUCAUAAGUGUUCACUGUUGUCAUCCAGAAGCAUUUAGCGCUAAAUUUCUUGUCAAUCACUACUGAAAUAUUUAGUUUCUUGAUAGAAUAGUAUGGGAUGUCUGAUGUGAACAAUAUCAAUUACCUUCUUUUUUUUAACUGAUCCUGAAAGAUACCAUUUAAUUUGGGGCUGAUGAUUAUGUUUCUAACACACCAAUAAUUGUACAUAUGAAACUAAGUACCUUUUUGGGGCAAUCAUCGGCAAAAUAAUUAAAAUUUGUAGAAUCUUGAAGAGGGGCCUCUCAAGAUAUACAUAUACUUCUGUGGUUUUUCUUUCAUCAGUAUUUCCACUGCGCUUUAAAACGGAGAGCAACCCCUCGGCUGGUAAAAUGGAAAUCUAUACAAACAGCAGCUGGAAAAAGCUUUGCACCAGUACGUGGAAUAAAGUUGAAGUGGAUUUGACAUGCAUAGCAAUGGGAUACUCUAACAGCAGUGAUUAUGGUAGAUGGUAUGAAGACAGUGGCAAUGUAUCAGAAACAUCCACUAAUUUCAACUGCACCACCACUUUGACUAAAUGUGAAGAAAGCUUCUCAAACAAACUGCAAUUCUGCAAAGGUAUUAACAAAUUAUGCAUUUUGGAAUCUGUUUUCAUAUCUGUUUCAGUCUUCUCUUUUGUACAUCUUAUUCUAGGUACCCUUAUCAACUUGAUCAUAAUUCCAGCGGUAGACCUCGCCAAAACAUCCUUUCUUGCUUUGCUAACUGAUUAUGUACUCAUGUUUUCUCAGAGACUUUUCUCUAAAAAAACCGUUUCCCAUCAAAGAACCCGUACAACUAAAUUGGAUUUCUAAACCUGUAUUAACACCUUGAACUUUUAAAUUUCUUCAUAAUCCUGCUAUCUCCUUCCCUCAUCCAUAUUUCAUCUUUUCAUUAAUUCACUGUAUGACUUACCUUCACUAAUUUCUCAUUAUUUUGCAAUUUUAUAAGUUCCCGUUCGUUUAAUUGGUGCAAAUGUAGAGUAUGGUGGUAGAGUGGAAGUAUUUUACAAAGGGAAAUGGGGAAAAAUUUGCACCAAUGGAUGGGAUUUCAAUGAUGCCCAAGUUAUUUGUCGUCAACUUGGCUUUGAAGAGGCUCUUGCUGAAUUUAUGGGCUCAAACAUAGAGGAUGGAAACACUACUUCUGUAAUGGUGGAUGUUUCCUGCACUGGAGUGGAAGAUAAACUUGCUUCGUGUGCUCGCACUGAUGGAAAGUUAAAUGUCCCCAGUCAAUGUCAAGGAGAUGGCAAAGGUUCUCAAGCGCUGUGUCAACCAAGUAAGUAAGGCAUUCAUAAUGCCGAGAUGGAAAUUCCUAAAGGUGACUGGUCCUCGUGAACAGUCACGUGUUUAAAAUUAAACACCAAAGAUCAAAAUACCAUUAGCUUUGAAAUUAACUAAUACCAAAAUAUUGAGACAAAAUGAACUGAUAAUUGUGCUACUUGCAAACAUUUCUUUCAGAUAACAAACAAGUGUUGGGAAAAGAGAGACUUUACUUUAAUAUUGGCACCAAUGAAAUCCUUCACUGCUCAAUACGUAACGAAACCAGUUUCGCAAGAUGGGUCAUAAAUGGUCAAAAGGUGCAAGGGAUGAAUUCCUCUUCUAAGAGGGUCAAGACCACAGAAGGUGGUAAACUGGUCAUAGAAAAUGUGCAGUUGUCUGAUGGAGGAACAUAUGAAUGCCUCAGACUGGAAUAUGUUCAGUAUUACACGGUUUACAUUAAUGGUAGGAAAAUCCUUUUCAACACAUUUAGAAGACCUUAAUUGCCUCAUUGUAGAGUAAGUUAACAUAGCAGUAAAUAUGCCCAGCACUCACAAUAUAGACACACAAUAGGGACUAGUUAGCUUUUCUUCAUUGCGGCUUCAGUAAGUGGUUAUUUUCUUUAUUUAUUUCAACAGCAAGAUUCACUGAGAACACUAGAGACCAGCAGAGCCUGACUGCUCACACAUCUGGUACUAUAAACUGUGGUGCUGAAGGAACACCACGUCCACAGAUAACUUGGAGGAAACAAGGAGAAAUGUUAGUACUUGAUGGGAGAAGAUUCACCCAAAUUCCCGGUGGCAGUCUACAGAUUGAUCCUGUUCACCCUGAAGACAAUGGCACAUACAGAUGUACCAUGACACAAAAUAAAGGAUCAAAAAGGGUCACAAGAACACAUAAAAACAUACUUGUGUCUGUUAUAGGUGAGUGAGUUAUUGGAAAAAUCUGAAACUGGUUGGGUCAUUAUACUAACACGUAAUAAUAGGAAAAAUAGUGAUAAAAACUUUAUUUCAGUGUCAAACCAUGAAGCCUGAGGAAUCCAUGCUAAUAAAGGGACACAGACUAAUACAAAAUACAAAACUUAAAUGACUAAAAUAUCUACCCUAAAAUAUGAAUAGUAUAAAAUGCAGUCUAAAAUAUAUUAAAAAUGAAGCUAAACAUUAUAGGUAACUAUCGAUUGCUGAUCUUAAGGAUUUAGUCACUGAAGUAGUUCAGUUGCAUGGAGGUAAUGCUGGUAAGAUGGGUUUCUGAUUUCAUUUAUUGAGGUUAAAAUGAUCUUUUUUUUUUUUUUUUUGAAGGGCUUUUAAUUUUUUUUCGAUGGGCAUUUUUGCAAGGUCACCUUAUAUGUUCCAAUGAUUUGUAGUUUUUAGCUGUUAGAAAAGGACUUUCAGCUGGUUAUUCAAAUUAGUUAGAUUAAAAUGCAUUGCAUAAUUUGUAGAUUGAUGAUAGUAAAAGUUAUAUGCUAAUAGUUAAUUGCCUUCUAGGAUAUUUAUAUUAUGUGUGUGCAAGAAAGCUGUUUUAACUUUUUUACUUCUUUAUUCAAAGUUCGACCAGAGGUUAAAGUUUCAGGAGCAAGCAAUCUAAUCAGAGAAGGAGACGCUGUGACUUUGACUUGUAAAAUCACUCAAGGUCAGCCUCAGCCACAGACAACCUGGUUUAAGAAUAACUCUUCUAAGGGACACAACAUGUCUCUCUCCUUCAAUAAGAUAACAAAGGAAGACGCAGGUCUGUACUCCUGUCGAGCAAAAAAUCGUGGAGGAACUUCUACUGAAAAUAUCUAUAUUUCUGUUAAUGGUAAGUUAUCAGGUCUAAAAUUGGAUUUUAAAUCAUUCAGUUGUGUAAGCUGCGGCCGGAUAGACUCUGGACUAAUUGCUGUGGGUUAAGGUGCUGGCCAGGAUCAUUGUGCCGUCUUCUUGAGUGAGGAAAUACCUCCAUCUAGUUGGAGGGUUUUCUUCUUGAAAUCUCUUCCUUUUUUUAACAUUUACUUUAAAAUUUCGAACUGCAAAUCGAUAUGAUACAUAUGUACUGCUGGUUAGUCGAGCAAGAUCAUUUCUGUAGUAUCCUCUUGAAUGACAGGCUUCGCCUGCAUGGUGUCUGACUCUCCACACAGACAGUGGAGCUACGGUAUUGGUGGGAAUAUGGUGACAAGAAAACACGAAUAAAUUAGUUUAGCGCUUUUCAUUCAACUAAUAUAUUCUUGUUUUCUUGUCAUCAUAUCCCCACCAUAGCAUGGCUCUCUUUUCUGCAUUUAAACCCACGCACAAUCCACAAUUCCUCCAAUCGAUCUGGCGAAGGGCUAACGCUCGAAAUGUCAGCCUUGAAAUUGUUUACGGCGGCCAAUUUACGUUUCCAGCUCAGUUGAUAACACUCAAUUGCCCUGCUAUACUCUCCCACCGACGCAGCACCACAGUUUCUUAAGAAACUUACAUCCUUUCUCCACACAGAAGUAGUAUUGAACUUAUAAGAAAAAUUAACAAUUGAUAAGUGGUGGUAACUAAUUUCCGUUACGUUCCGCUUCAUUGAUGACCGAGGAAUCUCUCGUGUUUCCCUAUUAUUCACAAAUUAGACUCAAAGAAUCUGCCACAACAAUACAUUACAUUUUGCUAACAUUUAAAUUUUGAAUUCCAUAUUGCAAUGACGCGGUUGUAUUGGUGGUUGGCCGUGAAAAAUCAUUUGUGUAAGUCUCUGAGGAUGACAGUCUUCACUCUCAUGAUGCCUGAAUCUCCACUGGGAAUUUUAAUGAACUUUUAAGAAAACCUUUACUAGUUGUUAAGGGUUUGUAAUUAAUUUUCUGAGCUUGAUCCACAAAUGAAGAGUCGCAAGUGAUUUGCAAUCAUUCACAAGUUCAAAAGGAAAUAUUUUUCCCCCAAAUUAAUGUGUAGUUGAAUCCGUCUUCAGUAAACUGAGAAGUAUGGUGCUUGCUUCCAACUUUUAGUUUCUUAGCUCAAUUAUAUUACACGGCUGCUAUUUGGUAGUCAUUGGCUGGAGCAAUGAGUGGAAGCCAAAACAAAACGUCUGCCAUGACAAUAUAUGCUCUGUAUCUGUUAAUAUUAUCUCAUCUUGACUUUUAUUUCAAAAUUUUCUUCGUAGUUCCGCCACAUCUAAAUCCUGAACUCAAGAAUCUUUCAGUCCCACUGAACUCCACAUUUGAAACAUAUUGUUUUAAAAGAGGUGAUCCUCCACCAUCUGUCAACUGGACCAAGGAUGGAAAAGCUCUUGGUAACAACAAUACAUUAGUUAUUAAGCACAUGACGUUUGAUCAUGGAGGUUUCUAUGAAUGUGUUGCUGAAAAUCUGGUUGGAAAAGUCAACAUCUCCUUCUGGAUCGAUGUCACUGGUAAUCAAAACCAUUUUAUAAAUAAUUACAAACGGUGCUUGGUUUGUCUUAGACGGAUUCAUAUCUAGAUAUCAAUCUAACUGGUACCUCAGUAAGAUUGGUAUCUAGAUAUGAAAUGGAUGCUCACCUUAGUUAUGUUGGUACAAACUAAAGUUUUCAUAAUAUUAAUAUAUUUAGGGGUCUAACUUACCCAUUUGAAAUGUGAUAUCCCUAUCUAUUCCCAUGUACAGAAUCUGGGUAACAUCUCUAACUUCUGAAAAUGCACAUAUUUAGCAGACUCAAAAAAUCUUCUCUCACAUUUAAUUACUGCAAUAUGACCUGUGGUUGUCCAGUUUUAUCUAGAGAACCUUGAUUGAAGAUUAACGGUGCCCUUUUUAUUUCCAGUUUCUCCUCAGAUCAAACUGUCUCCGAUAAACCAGUCUGUUAUUGAUGGAGACUCAGUUAACUUUACUUGCCGUGCCACAGGUGUUCCAACACCAAACCUGGCCUGGACAUUUAAAGACGGUAAACUUCCAUCGGGUACUAAAGAAAACAAGUUAGAGGGAGACUCAUUUGUAGAAUUAUUUCUGGAAAUUCAGAAAAUAACGAAGAAAAUGGAAGGAAUAUACAAGUGUACAGCUAAAAACAAAGCACAUACAACCAGUUCCUCCACAACACUUCACGUUUUUGGUAGGUAGAUAAUACUAAUGAUAAUGAUAGUAAUCAUAAUUUUAGUGAUAUAUAUGAUAAUUGUAGCGUCCACUCAUAGCUACUUGAAACCGUACUUUAAUCAGUUGUUCACUUGCUAGUUCGUUUCUAAUCUGCACAUAACUUGUAUUCAUUCCAUUCACAAAUUGCCCGUGAAAGAGAAAGAUUCGCUGAAAUAACAACAACGCGACUAUUACAAAGAUGAUAUUGACCGAAUAACCGAAAUACUGCAUACUUACAAGUUAUUGUGCCUUCUAAAUAGAAAGGAAAACUUGUCCUAACGAAACGACAGUAUAACUCCAUAACAAAACAUGUGCUUUUCGUGGGAAAGAGCGCCCGCGAUAUUUUGCGUGCGGUCACCGAAGACCACACCAUAUAACGUUUAUUUUCUGUCUCUUACAAUAAUAAUGAUAAUGGAUCUAUUGUAAACAAGGAUUAUAUAUGAUGCCUUUGUCUUUUGAGUUUAUCUCCCUCGCUAGUGAAUAGAAUGUAAGUCGGAGAUGGUGAUUAGUUUAAGAGUCGAUCAAAAAUAACAAAGAGCUUGUUAAGACUGGUUUUUGAAAUAACCGUUUUGAGAUUGAUUUUCGAACAUAAUUUUGGAAAUUGUGUGAGAAACUAAAGCCCGUGUGAGCAGCUACGUGGUUGGGUUUAACGUAUCCCGGGAAAAUGAUGAAUUCUUGGAAAGGUACUCGUCCUGUGCGCAUAUGCAAUUCACCAAUAGUUUGGUUACAUCACUCCUUGAUGUGAUAGCUUUGCAACAUUUUUUCAAUGGUCACACUGCUCAUUUUUGCCAGGUAAUGCCAUUGAAACUUUUACCAAAACUCUUUUGAAGCACCAUUUACCCUACAAUUUUCGUUCAGAGGGUUGCUUUUGGAUUCUUUCGUGUCCAUGAUAAUUACAUUACUAAGAUAUUAUCAGUGAAGCUGUUUUAGACUAAAUUGCAAGUUUUCUCUUUCUCCACACAGAAAAACCCGUUGCUCGAAUAACGUCAAAUUCACAAUCAAUACUCGCCACAGGUGAUAAUCUCACAUUGACUUGCAGCGUCAACGAAGCAACAGUGAAUAUCACUUGGAAAAAGGAAGGACACCUAAUAAAAGAAAGGGGAGUCAUUGAUACGAAAUUGGAUAAGAAAACAAGUGAUCUGGCUAUUGCCAAAGUUGAGGAGGAGGACAGUGGUAACUAUUCCUGUGAAGCUCGUAAUAGAUUAGGAAAUGUGGCCCGCUCCAAUGUGACGAUAGAAGUCAAACGUAAGCUAUUAUUAUUGUAGUGUCUACCAUUAACCAUUAAAGGUCAUUCAUUUUCGAUGAAACUGCUCCUUUUCCAAUCUUUUUUUUUAGAAAACUGUAAACAGAAUUUACAAUAUGGGUCCACUGGCUUUUAGAAGCAGUAGCACCAACUUGUAGAGACUCGAAUAAUUUGUAGCAAUAUCCUCAUGAUUGCUUGUUUUCUAUUCGGGUGUUGCCAUUGGUCUUCAUCCAAUUUACAAUAAUUGAAGGUUGUUUCUCAAUUCAAAACAAGAUUUGAAUAGCGUAGCUCAUCUAUUCAUAUUUCUGAUUUACCUUUUCAUAAGGCAAUGAGCAGGCAAAAAUCUAGCUUAAAAUAGUACGCCGACCUGGAUAGUUACAAUUGCUAAAAUUUAGACGAUCAGAUUAUCAAUUUAAUUUGCAGUGUCUGGUGUUUCCUGCACUUUUAAUGUGUUAGAAUUGGCAUAUCGCGCUCAGAUUGAUGGGAAGUCAAAUUUCCCGGGUAAAUGGCAAGGAGAUGGCAAAGGUUUUUUAUUCUUGUGACAACCAAGUAAGUAACAUACUGACAGCGCCAGAAUGAAACUUCGUAAAGGUUGCUGGUCGUAACGACCAUUCAUUUGUUUGCAGUGUUUACAUUUUUACAUUCAAGGUCUAGAUACCAAUGUCCCUGUGACGAUAAUCUUAUUGUAACUCUUUAAUUUUUAUUUCUAGUCCCACCACAUUUAAAUCAUGAACUCAAGAAUCUUUCAGUCCCACUGAGCUCCACACUUGAAAUAGACUGUUUUAUAAGAGGUGCUCUUCCAGUAUUUGUCAACUGGACCAAGGAUGGAAAAGCUCUUCAUAGCAACAAUAUAUUAGUUAUUAAGCACGUUACUUUUGACGAUGGAGGUUUCUAUGAAUGUGCUGCUGAAAAUCAGGUUGGAAAAGUUAACAUCUCCUUCAGAUUGGAUGUCACUGGUAAAUCAAAAUCAUUUUAUGAAGAUUUACAAACGUUGCUUGGUUAGUUCUCAUUGAAGAGCGCGGUACUGCCGUGCGAUAGUUAAAGCCCUUGACUGGACCAGCUGAACUCAACUUCAAAGGAAAAGAUAGCAGCCUUUUGAAGACGCUUUUGUUUAUGUUGGACAUUUGAAUAGGAUUUCCACAAUCCAAGUUUAUUCAUUUGUUUAUAAAUUUGUCUUUGAUUAGGAUACGUCAUUCAAAUUGAUAUCUUUAUAUGAAUGGAAAAUUACCUUCUGCAUAUGAGUAUAAAUUAAUAUUUUUAUGCCGGUAAUAUUCACAAGUUAUUCCUGUGUACGGUGUACAAGUGAUUCUUUUACCUCAGGAAAUUCAUGUACUUAGAAGACUCCCAAAUUUGCUCUUCUUAUUGCCAGAUUACUUGUGGUUAUUCGAUUGUAUCUUGAGAACAUUUGUUGAACAUCAGUGGUGCUCUUUUUAUUUUCAGAGUGUCCUCAGAUUUCAUUGUUUCCGGUAAACCAAUCUGUUAUUGAUGGAGACCCAGUAAACUUUACUUGCCAUGCCACAGGUGUUCCAACACCAAAACUUAACUGGACAUUUAAUGGCGGUAAACUUCCAUUGGGGAUCAAUAAAAAAAAUUCUAAGGGAGACUCAUUCCAGGAAUCAUUCCUGGAAAUACAGAGAGCAACAAAGAAAAUGGAAGGAACAUACAAGUGUACAGCAAAAAACAAAGCAAAUGGAACAAGUUAUUCCACAAUACUUCAAGUAUUUGGUAGGUUCAAUAAUUUUAAUGAUUAUGAUGAUAAUGAUAAUAAUACUACAAGGAUGGUGAUGAUUGUAAUAAUAAUAAUAAUAGUAAUCUUAAUUUUAAGAGCAAUAAGGGUAAUGAUGGGGAUGGAUCCGUUGCAACAACGAUAAUUAAUGAUACCUUCCAAAUAUGAGGUGGAAAUGGUGGCUGAUGGCUAGAGGUUGCCCAAGAAGAACUGAUAGCUUAUUAAGAAUGAGAUGGAGUCGCAAUACCCCUGGAAUUUCUCUAAGACAAUAGAGUUAAAGAAUGCAAAUACAAGCUUGAGUGAAAAAUACCGUUAUGAAUUAUGGGAAGGAUAGUCGUUGCACAUGCACCAUUUACCAGUUGUUUAAGAUGACUCUUCCAUAUAAUCACUUUGUGACAUUUUGUUAUGGUCACUCUGAUCAUUGUGACUCAAAAGCUUUUGAUCACUGUGAUGAUCUGUAGCUUUGUAUUGGGCAAUAUGUCUUUAUAAUAAAAAACAAAGGGCCGGGUCUCGGUUUAUUUGGAAGCAUCUUUGAAUGGGGUCUGAGACCCUUUGGAAAAUCUUCAGAAACAUGUUGGGUAAGCAUUUCAAACCCUUUUUGAAGCCAAGUUUCACUCAAAUUGGCACGUCAUACCCCGCAUGUACCAUUUGGAGGGUUGAUUUCAGAUCGCUUAGUUUCUCUGAUAAUUACCUUACUGAGUUAUAUUGAGUGAAUUUUUUUUAUGAAAACCAAGUAAUGUAUACAUCAUCUCUUUCUCAACACAGAAAAACCCACUGCCAAAGUAAGUCCAAAACCAUACCCAACACUCACUCAAGGUGAUAAGCUUAGCUUAACUUGCAGCGUCAAUGAAGCAACAGUAAAUAUCACUUGGAAAAAAGAUGGAGACCCAAUAAAAGAACGGGCAGUCAUUGAUACGCAAUUGGAUGAGACUACAAGUUAUCUGAUUAUUACAAAGGUUGUGGAGGACGACAGUGGUGAAUAUUCCUGUGAAGCCCGUAACAGACUAGGAAAUGUGGCCCGCUCCAUUGUGAUGAUAAAAGUCAACUGUAAGUUGGCAGUAUUGUAGUGUAGAAACAAUCUAAAAUUUAACAGCAGUAAAUCAUUGGACUUGAUGGAACCUGAAACUUUUAAGCACGCUAUUUGCUGUUUUCUGUUUGUUUGUUUGUUUUUUUGCCUUUGUUUGUUUUUAUUGUUGUUUUUUUUUUGUGUGUGAAUGCAUGUAUGGAUGUUGGGUGUAAGCUUGUAAUUAAAAUAUGGGUCCCCUGGCCUUUUAGAUACAGUAGAACCUCCCUUUAGAUACCCAAACAAUUAUCAUCAUUUUUGUUUGUUUCCUAUUUGGCAAGGGGAAUUGCUCUAUAUCCAUUGAAAAAAAAGGCAGUUAAUUUCUCAAUUCAAAACAAGAUUCUAGCCAGGUCUUCUCUAUAUAGUUUUGAUUUACCUCUCUUUGAAUCUCUGCUUUAAAAUAGUAGCCAUUUCUAAUAAGCCAGCAAAGCUCUAGCGAAAAAUAGUAUCCAGAGGAGCUGGCUAAUACUGAGUAACAACCUUUUCCUUAUCAUCACGUUUACUACCUUUGUCAUUUGGCUAAGAAGCAUGUGUUUAACUUACACCAACAGCUGUUAGUCCAUUUCUGGUGUGGUAUUAUAUUUUUGGAUCAAUGGCUGCUGUCAUUGUUAUUUUGCUCAUGGGCUGCUAUUUUUGGAAACGUCGAUGGACAGGUAAACCUCGUUCUUCAUAUCUUGUUUUGGGUGAUUUUUCCAGAGAAUACUAAGUUGUGCGAGAAGCAAAAAAUGGGACCAGUUUAUUUUUACUUUUACUUCACCUCGUAUUUCAAUUGGUCUCCUCAAGUUCGCUAUUAGUUAAAUAUUAAUAUCAUCUUGAUUUGCUGGAAAAUGAAGACCUUUGAGGCACUAUAGGCAUUUUUCUACUGUUUCUUGUCUUGCGAUUUUAUCUGAUUUAUAAUCUUCCAUCAACCACUGACCAAAGUGCGUAUUAUUUUUAUUUAAAUAUUAAAGUUAAGGCAGAAAUUUUUUCCCUUCUUUAUUUCUGUCUUUGAUUUGCCAAUUGGACCUACAGCGGCUGCUACCGCUCUGUAAGUCAAUAAGUUUGCCUUUUAUUUACCAAGCUGAAAUGUUUUUUGGAAAAAAAUUGAAGUUGGGGUUUAAAACUUACUGUCAUGUCAACCAUUCCAUUUGGAAAGUUAACUAGAAUGAUAGUCUAUGUGAACGAGUUGUUCUUCAAUUGUAGUUUUUCUGCACAGGAAAAUGUUGUUUUUUCAUCUUUAGAGUGAUAAUCUUUCCAUAAAUUGAAGAAAUCAGUCAAAAUAUUUAAGAAACUCAAAACGUUUCCAUAACUUCUUUUCCUUGAUCACUUAUACUUUGAUUUAUCAAUAGAAAUUGUAUGAUUUUCAUAAAAUUUAGUCCUGAUCAAGGGGAGUCAGUUGAGAUUGAGCUGUCGAAUGUAGAAGUGGAUGAAUGGGAGAUUGAAGUGAACCGUAUCCUGCUUCAAGAUGUCAUUGGGCGAGGGGCAUUUGGAGCAGUGUGGAGAGCUCUUCUUAGUUCUCCAAAUGGGAGACCUGGAAAUCGUACAGUUGCUGCUAAAUGCUUUACACGUAAGAUCCAUUCAAUUAUCUCUCCUCAAAGCACGUGGGUGGGUACUUAGCGUUUCUUGCCAAGGGUGCUUUGCACUUUCCAGUGAUCAUUUAUCUCAGGUCAACUAAGGUGCUCUAAGAGAUUCGUGCAAAGUUAUUUUUCAUAACAAAAGCAACAAUUAAACAAUAGAAGCAAUAAAUCAAUGGCAAUAAAAAAUUUGAAGAUGGCAAGCAUGUGCCACAAUCGUGAGGCAAAGAAAAUAUGAAUUCCUCGAAAGGAUUCGCUCGCCGACCGGUUCCAUUUUUGCAGUUGUGAGCUCCAACAACUGGGUUUCAAAGACCUCCUAAGAUGUGAGGUCUAAAUCCUCACCCGAAAUUUCGCUUCUUGAGCACGAGAAAAUUCGUCAAUAAGAAUUUUUCCCCGGUUAUAAAGUAUUUCCUUUUUAUUGUAGCCACCGCAGGGGAGGAAGGAAGAAAAUGUUUGAUGCGAGAGAUCGAGCUGGGAAAAAUUCUCGGUGUAAGCAAUCAGCCAAACAUAGUGAAAUUCAUUGGCUGCGUCACUAGACAAGGUACAUACUAAGUUUAAGGCGUCAUUAUUAUUAUAUGCAAUAAUAUUUCAACUGAGUAUGAGAUUGUUAGCUUGUUUGUUUGUUUGUUUGUUUUUUUUAAUACUGAUUCGUUUCUUCUUUUCGUUAUUUUAAGUUCAUCCGAUCCUUAUCAUGGAACAUUUGCCAUGUGGCGACCUGCUUGGUUACAUGAGAAAAUGCCGAGGAAUUAAUGAUCGGUAUUAUCUUGGAGAAGGAAGGCCUCAAGUUUUGAACAACUAUGACCUUGUGCUAUUUGCCAAACAAAUCGCCGCCGGUAUGGUAUUCCUUGGAUCAAGGGGGGUAAGUAACUAAAAUGCUUUUACAUUCAAUUUUACCGCAGAAAUAUCUCUAAGGGAUUGUUAUACCUUUUGAGUUGCUUGAAUAUAGAUAUAUCUAAAUUAUAUGAAUUUUUUCGGAAGCAGGUUUCAUAUUCUCGAUAUUUUUCAAGAGUUCCUUUCGUAUUGUCAGUGGGUCACCUAAUGUCGCAGUCAUUCUGGUAUAUGUUUGGUCUGUAAUGAACACCCUAGGAACAAUAGUUCUUACAACCCAUGCAAACGUCUGUAUAAUGUUCCCUCUGGUCAUGGUAGAUCUCACAAAAGAUAUGCAUUUGUAAGCAAGUUUACAUUUUGGAUCUUUGUCUUUCGGUAGAUAAUCCAUCGUGACCUGGCAGCUCGAAACGUCCUCCUUGAUAACAACUAUGUGUGCAAAGUGACCGACUUUGGCAUGGCAUAUCAAAGCUUCAAAUAUGGUCAUGGAAAUGCCAAAAAGGUAGAAGAUCGUCUUUGCUUUAUCUUUUUUGCGGUGGCACUUGUAAACAGAUUCCUAAGGUUAGCUCUGAUUCUGCCUAAAAAAUACACCUUAACUGCCAACUGAGGAUAGCUCCACCUUCUGCCAUGCCACAGAAUACAAUUGAGUUAGUUUACUUUAUCAUUUAAAUUUAUGACAUUUGCUAAAUUUUGACACUCCAUAAAAGUCUCGGAAGAGGUACACUAGCUACCUCACGUUUACGUGCAUGUCCUUUGUUAACUCGCUAGUAUUAAAACACUUAUUUUUAAACAAACUGUCGUUGCAGGGCUGUUUGCCAAUCAAAUGGACUGCACCAGAGAUUUUGUUGGGAAAUUUCGCUGGACUUUCCACCCUGAGUGACGUGUAUGUAUAUUUUUGCACUGAGCUGGCCCUCUCUUUUGUUUUUGUCUUUACAUGCUCGGCAACACUUUUUCGAAAUUUUUUCAGGUGGUCUUACGGAAUCGUCCUGUAUGAGAUAGUUACCCUUGGUAAGUCAAACUAUGUUCAACAAAAAAUAUUUAUACUUCCCGUCCGUCUAUGUCUGGAAAUGUUGUAGGUAUCGUUUUUGGAACUCGUUAGUAAUUUCAACGCCUUUAGGACCCAAUUGGCAGACGUUAGUUUGAUGAGCUGUGGCAGAAAAACUUGUUGUGCCAAGGUUUUACGUCAAUGAUGAAUUUUGCUCAGCUUGUCGAAGUCUCAUUCUCUGUAACUGAGAACCGUUGUUUCAGGACUUUCCUUGCCCUGGCUAUCACCCAAGACGAGUGGCAUUUUGUGUUCGACUCUAAAUGACGAAAAACCUUUCAAAUUACUUGGCAGAAAAGUGGUAAUCAAUUACAUAAAACAUCAGGCUAGGAAACAUCAAGUUUCGAAUGCUGCUGUCAAGCACUAGAAGUGGAUCUCUCUGAUUUAAAUCUCAACAUUUUUAAACGAAAUAUUCGGGUGUAUCACGGCCACAAUUUGUUUAUUUCUUCGCAGGAGGAAUUCCAUAUGAGGGAUGGUCAGAAGGGAAUGUGGUUGCACGAGUCACACAUGGAUACAAACUUCCAAAGCCCGAUCAUGUCGAUGAUAAACUGUGAGUCUUGACUUUCAAGUUGCCAUGUUCCAUUUUAAAUCGCCCAAUCCCCCUAACCCCGAUGAAAAACAUAUUCUCUCGUCUAAUCUGAUUUCUUCUUUCGUUACUGAGCUCUGCCAAAUGAAACAAAUUUAACAGUGGUCACUAGUUUGUUCAGUUAAAAGUUGUCUUUUCACUCAAGAAUUUUGAAAAGAUGAAUUUGCAGCUAUUACAGCCAGACAUUUCUCAUCAUUUUAGCCAUUAUUUGCCCAGGGCUCUCUUAAGAUUUCUGUAAUGGUUGAUUUUUAUCACAUAUUACAUAAACCACAGUCCAGUAUUGACCAUCAUUCCUUUGUUCCAGGUAUGCUAUAAUGAAAAGGUGCUGGAAUUUGGACCCCGACUUUCGUCCUCCCUUUGAAAACCUUCGAAGAAGAAUGGAUACCUACCUUCGUGAAGAGGUUUGUAGCACGAUUUGAACAAGUCCUUGACGUUCUUGUAGGCCUCUAAGAUUAUUUAUUCCUCCAAAAUUACUUCAUAGACCACUACUCUUUCAAAGUUGGUUUCAGCAGAUUAAUGGAAGUGAUUUAGGAUUGUGUUGGUUUCUUCUAACUACGGCUGCGGCCGCUUGCGGGAAUUUCAGUGCCUUGAGAUUUCAUUUUGACGGCUCCUGCCUGUAGUUACGUUUCUUACUAUUUGCCCCAGCUUAUCGAUGUUUUUUAAGUUUUAACACAUUUAAACAUAAAACGCGCUAAGAUGUCCCAUGCCUACGAACCCAUCAAUCACCAUUCCUUCCGCCCUUCCCGGCCGCUACUUCCCUUCCAAAGUGCCUGAGCAUCUACAUUCAUAAUAAAGGUUGCUGGGAGAGUAUAACAAGGUAAUUUGGUAUUUUCAACUGUGUUGAUAACGUAAAUUGGCCACCUUUAAGAUUUUAAAAGCUGACGUUUCGAGCGUUAGCCCUCCGUCAGCGCAAAUAGCAAAGUUCUAACGCUCGAAACGUCAGCUUUUAGACUCUUUACGGUGGCCAAUACGUUACGUUAUCAACUCAGUUGAAAAUACCAAAUUACUCAUCUACAUUUAUAACUUCCUACCUACCAACCAACCUGCCUAAGAAAACGCAUUACUCUGUGCCUUUAAAGCGAGGAUCAUUUCUGUGCUUUGAAGUAGUUAUUAAAAUUUUCUUCUUGACUUGAAGUUAGAGAACAUUGUGACGAUCGUGAAAAUCCUCUUUUAUUGCUUUCCCCUUUAGACAUAUCUGCACCUGCUCGACAUGGGAUCUUAUGACACGACCAAAUACUCCAAGGUUGAAGAUCUCGGAGGUGAAGAUGCCGAACCAAGUGCACGACCUCUAGGGAACGCCGCGGCAAAGAGAUUAGGAAAGUGGGCCAGCGACCGACGUUAGACAGUGUCAUUUUGAAUAUUGCUUAGGAACCAAGCACUCUGUAAUGCAUUAAGUAUUAGAAGAAAAUAUGUACUGGUGAUAACGGUGAUAAUUUAAGGGCCUUAUUGUGUUACAAUAAAUCAAAGCUGUUUCCUCGAUGAGGCACCUUUAAGUCAGUUUUUUCUUAAGUCGCAAUUGAUAAAUAACUCGAUUUAGCUGGUAAAGUCCGGAUAUUUAAAAAAGGAGGUUAUAAAUGAGAAAGCAGCUCGUCUAUUUAGAUGUCUCACUCAUUCACCCACUCAUGCCCAUUAUGCCGUGUGGCACGUAGGGCGGCUACGAAGGAUCGCCACGUCUGUCGGUUCCGGGUCGGCUUCUGGAUUGUACCCCAAGUGAUGAUUUAGAUCUCUGUACUGGGCAAAUUGUUUGCCACUGUUUACUGGUGAAACAAGACGACUAGUUGUUAGCAAUCAUGUUAUUGAAGUGUCCCCUGCUGGUGAUAUAGUCCUGGUAAGAUAUUUAGUAGUUUAGUCUUGAUUUAGUCAUGGAUCUUUCAGUAGCGUGUCCUUUAUCGACGAGAUUGGUGACAUGUCUUGUAAUAUGGUGUUACAUGGGUCGUAAAUUGCUUAAAUUUUGUGUCAUUGGUAUCAGAAAACAAAAAAAGUGCAUCGCUAUCGGUAUGUUUACUCUAACCUUCUUGCUGUUAUUGUUAAAUGCUUUUUCAUAAACGGAGAGAACCGUCUCAAUAGAGUGAUUCUAAUAUCAAAUUAAUCAAGUUAUUAUUCCAAUAUUUUCGACUUGUACAAGAAACAGAGAGCGCUAUUCAGAGGGGUUGUGGCUGAUAGACAGACCUUUGCUAUGAUGAAAUGAACCGCUUACUUCAAAGUGGAAAUGUCGCUAGAGUAAGGAUGAGCGUUUAUUUCUGUACGUUAUCGAAACACACUAAGCAAUAUUUAAAAUUUUGUAAAACACUCUAUUUAAUAUCUGCAAUAAAAGAGUAGAGGCUUACCUUAUG